GAAGGAGGAUCUGGCUGAGACCACAGCGCUCACUUGUUGAGGAUCUYUAGCCAGCGCUGCUUGCGUGCUUUUCAUUUUAUUCUUUCUCCCCUUGCCCCAGAGCCAUGGCGUACCUGCUGUUGCUCUCAUGCCUCUUGCCAACAGUGGCAUCUGCUCAGUGUAGCCAUCAAGAAUUUGAAUGUCAAUAUCUUUGCCUUGAAAUGAAUGGAAAAGUAUUUGUCACUCAGCGGCAAUCAUUCUUCAAAUAAAAGGUCACUGGAAGGACUGAGCGCAUUCAGGAGCCUGGAGGAACUCAUCUUGGACAACAAUCUGCUGGGGGACGACCUGGUGUUGCCAGGGUUACCCCAGCUCCACACCUUAACCCUCAACAAGAACCAAAUCACUGACUUGGAGCGUCUGCUCGAUCACCUGGCAGAAGUGACGCCAGCUCUGGAGUACCUCAGCCUGCUGGGUAAUGUUGCAUGUCCCAAUGAGCUGGUCAGCUUGGAAAAGGAUGAGGAAGACUACAAGCGAUACAGAUGCUUUGUUCUGCACAAGCUGCCUAACUUGAAGUUUCUGGAUGCCCAGAAAGUAACCAGACAAGAAAGAGAAGAGGCAUUGGUCAGAGGGGCCUUCAUGAAGGUGGUGAAGCCCAAGGCUUCCAGUGGGGACCUUGCUGCCUCUGCCUCUCCUGAGAUGCACCACUACACACCCCUGCCUUCUGCUUCCAGAGAACUCACCAGUCACAGAGGAGUCCUGGGGAAGUGUCGCUAUGUUUACUACGGGAAAAACUCAGAGGGCAACAGGUUUAUCCGAGAUGACCAGCUCUGAAGCCAAGUUCUGUAUGCCUUAGCCUAUUUCAUGAAAAUAAAAAGGGAAAGCAAAAAUAAAGAAAGAGCUAAAGA